UAUAUCGUAGAGUAUAUUCAGGAGACUUUCAUAUCAGCAGCGUGUGGAGCUGACGUUUGUUUACAUGUGCAGUAGUUUGUUGUUAAAAUGGCAGAGCAACUGGAUGAAGAAGAAGAAGAACAGCUUAUUGACCUUGCCAUCCGGAGAAGCCUUCAGGACAGCACUUCACCCCUCUGUCCAAAAUGGAGUACAAUGGAAACAGCGAGUGAUGACAAUGUGAAGAUUUUAGCAGCUAUAGACCAAGGUGACUUGGCCACUUUGCGGGCACUGCAUGGGAAAAGAAGUGCCUUUACACAGACGGACAGUAGAAGUUGGCUUCCCUUUCACAGAGCCUCCGUACGGCCAAACACAGAGAUUCUGGAUGCUGUUCUACUCGCAUCCCAUGAGGUGAGCAUGGAAGAGGUUACAGCUGACGGUGAGACGGCGCUGACUCUCGCUGCUCAGGCUGGACAUGUGGAGAAUGUGAAGGUGCUGCUGCAGCAUGGCGCGUCCCCUCACAACACCAACAGCAAAAACGAGUCCCCACUUCUGCUAGCGGUCAGGGUUGGCUCCUAUGACAUGGUACUAGCGCUGAUACUAGGCGGUGCGUUUGUGGAACAGGUGUGUCUGAAAAAGUGGACGGCCACUCACGAGGCAGCCAAGGUGGGCUGUGCUGACAUCCUGAUGUUGCUCCUGAGGCACGGUGGGAAGGUCUCAGCUCGAGACAUGCACGGUGUCACACCACUGGGAAUCGCUGCUGAGUUUGGCCAUACUGACAUCUUGGAAAUCCUUAUUCAAAAUGGGGGUGAUGUUGCUGCACAGGCCGCCAAUGGAGACACAGUGCUAUAUGAUGCAGCAGGCUCAGGGAACCUUGACUGCAUCCUCCUGCUCCUUCGUCACGGUGCAAAUCCUAAUGUGGCCAGUUUCGCCUUUCAGCUUCCCAUUCAUCGUGCUGCAUAUGAAGGCCAUUAUCUAGCUCUGAAAACUCUGAUCCCUGUAACAACUAAGAGGGCCAUCCACCAGUCUGGGAUGAGUCCGGUGCACUCCGCUGCAGACGGAGGCCACGCUUCCUGCCUGAAUUUACUUAUCGAGGAGGGCUUUGAUGUCAACUCUCUUCUGGGUGACCACAUUUCCAGCAACUAUGGUGACAUGAGGAAGACACCGCUGUAUUUUGCAGUGUGUAAUGGUGAUGUCACAUGUGCAGAAAUGCUGCUGGGGGCCGGGGCAAAUCCUGACCUCGACCCUCUGUUCUGCCUCCUCGUAGCUGUGAGGGCCAGCCAUUACGAGCUUGUGCGGCUGUUGCUGGCCCACGGCGCCAAUGUGAACUGCUUCUUCACAGCUAUCUGUGACACGGUGUUCCCCACAGCUCUACAGUACUGUCUUCAUGACGAAAUAAUGAUGCGUUUAUUACUCAACAAUGGCUAUCAUAUUGAAAGUUGCUUUCAGUGUGAGCACAACUUCUGCAUUUUUACACAGAGCUACACUACUGCCGAUGACACUUGCAGCUACUUGAACAAAGUGACGUUUUGUGAUUUCAUCAGUGUGAGCUGGUUGAAGCACCUGGUAGGACGGCUUGUACGAAUUCUUCUAGACUAUGUGAUACACGUUCCCAUCUGCCCCAAACUGCAGAAGAUCUUAGAGACCCAGAAUGAGUGGCCCGAGAUCUGUGACAUUCUUAGAAACCCACGCUGUCUGCAACAUCUGUGCAGGCUGGCUAUAAGGAAGAGGAUAACCCUGAGAAGACUAAACAACACCAGAUUUAUGAGUGCACUUCCUUUCCCCCCUGCGUUAAAGAACUAUCUAAUCUACAAGGAGUAUGACUUGUAUGGACAAAUGAAAAUGUGAAUUUGUAUAUGGAAUGUAUAAUGGUAGAAUGUAUAAUAUUAGCUAUUUUCUGGUACUGUUGUUUUCUACUAGUUUAAUGUCAUCAUGUAUUAAAAACAGAAAUUGGUUAAAGUUGAAAAUUGUCAGUGAUAUUACAGUUGAGAUCAAAAGUUUAUAUACACCUAGGACAAAGACAUUUAAACUCAAUUUUCUUGUUACCUUACUUUUCCUGACACACUUUUUCUAUGGGAUUCAGGUCAGAGCUUUGUAAUGGCCACUCUAAUACUUUCAUUUUGUUAUCUUUAAAACAUUUUGUUACAAUUUUGGAGGCAGUUGCGAUCACGUUUUAAUUUUCUGGCAGAUGUCUUGAAGUGUUCCUUCGGUGUUUCUAGAUAAUCCUCCUUCCUCAUGAUACCAUGUAUUUUCUGAGUCUCUUUUCCAGCAAAACACUUCCACAACAUGAUGCUGCCACCCCCAUGCUUCACAGUUGGGUUUGGUGUUCGUCAGCUUAAAAGCCUCACCCUUUUUUCUCCAUAUAUAGUGCUGAUAUCAUUAUGGCCAAACAGUUCAAUUUUUGUUCAACAGUUCGACAGGUGUAUGUAAACUUUUGGCCUCAACUGUAUAAAGAGUGAUGAUAUAUAUUUUGUUUUUAUACAUUGUUCAAAAACCACUUUGGCUUGGUACACAAACAACUUAGUAUUAAAA